AUGACAUUUACAGAGAAAGGAUUCGACGUUUUAGAUCAUGACACUUGGAAGUCUUCCGAAACAUUUCUCUCCGAAAAUCCACAGAGUAAAUUUGGUCAGCGAAAAUUUGUCAAAAGUCCGCUGGCACACGUACCAUCAGAGGGAUACACCAAAAGAUACAAUCAUAGCGAAAGCUCCAUAGUAUGGUUGGAAUGGAUGAUGAAAGAAGAAAAGAUGUCUAUUCAACAUGCCUUGAAUCAAGGGGAGUUCAAAAUUCUCGGAACAAAUUUUCAUGUCGAUGGGUACUGUCAAGAAACCAACGAAUACUUUGAAUUUUUAGUGGGUGAACGAACAGAUACUACAAAGUUGUAUUACAAAGUCCAAAAUGAAGAAAAGAUCAAAUACGUAGAUUUCACAUCUUUAUACCCAUGGACAAACAAAUAUUGUCGCUAUCCAUUGCAUCACCCAGAGAUCAUUACUAAAGAUUUUGAAGAGUUGGGUUCAUAUUUUGGAUUGUGCAAAGUGAAAAUUUUACCACCCAGACACCUUUAUCACGCUGUUUUACCUUACAGAUGUCACGGAAAGCUCACUUUCCCACUAUGUAGAACAUGUGCUGAUACACAAUAUCAAGGUAAAUACACGCAUACUGAACAGGAACGAAGUAUUACAGGUACUUAUGCUACACCUGAAGUAAUGGUAGCGAAAGAAAAAGGGUACCGAGUGUUAAAACUGUACGAAGUGUGGCAUUUUCCGGAUGAUACACAGUACGAUAAAAACACUAAUUCCGGAGGAUUAUUCACAGACUACGUCCAGCUGUUCCUUAAAAUAAAACAGGAAGCCAGUGGUUUCCCCCAACACUGUCGGACGGAGGAAGAAAAACGAGAAUACAUUCGAUGUUAUAAAGAAAAUGAAGGCAUAGACUUAGAUUACGACAGCAUCAAGGUAAAUCCAGGUUUACGUAGUCUUGCCAAACUGUGUCUCAACAGUUUCUGGGGGAAAUUUGGACAACGACUGUUCCUGAAAAAGCAUUCCUUUUUCCAUGAAUCAGAGGCCGACAAAUUCUUUCAGAUCAUAUCAGACCCCACUAAAGUAGUCGAAAAUUUUCACAUUGUAUCAAACGAUACAAUACAACUAGAAUGGACACAAAAUUCCAAGUUUCCCCCUGUGGAUGCGAAGACCAACAUCUUCAUCGCUAUUUUCACAACGAUGUGGGCUAGAUUAAAACUGUAUGAAGUUUCAGACAUGUUGAGUUCUUUACACAGACACUGA